AUGGGAUUCAACUUGAUUCCCGUCGCCGUUGGGGCGGUCGUGGUCUGGCUGGUCUACCACUACGUCGCCUAUCCAAUAUUCCUUUCACCCCUGGCCAAGAUACCAGUACCUCAUUGGUCAUGUCACGUAUCGCCUCUCUGGAUUCUUCUCGCAAGGAAGAACAACUUUCAAAACAGAUCUCUCCAUAAAGCACAUCUCCGGCAUGGCCCAGUGGUUCGAAUUGGCCCAAACGAGCUCAGUGUCGACGGGUACGAUGCCAUCAAAACAGUCUACCAGGGAGGCUUUGAGAAGGACCAGUGGUACUCUAUAUUCGACAACUAUGGAGUACCCAACAUGUUCUCAACCCUGGAGUCAAAAGCCCACUCUCUACGCAAGCGUAUGGUGUCAAAUGCCUACUCAAAAUCCUUCAUCCAAGCCUCGCCAGCGGCCAAAGCACAAGCACGCAAGCUUCUCUUCGGUCGUCUCCUACCCCUGUUGUCUGAAUCAUCAGCCGGUCCUAAGCCUCAAGGCAUCGAGGUGUUCUCGACCUUCCUCGCCUCAACCAUGGACUUUAUCACAGCAUACAUAUUUGGCUUACGCAACAGCACUGAUUUCCUGAGAGACAAGUCCUACAGAGACCACUGGCUACAGCUGUAUCUGGUACGCGCGAGCUUCGGGUUCUGGCCGCAGGAGAUGCCGCAGUUGACAGAAUUCUUGGGCCGAUUCGGAUCGAUGCUAAAGCCGUAUCCUGCUUGGGUCGAUGAUGCGAAUGCUGAGUUGCGCGAAUGGAACACAAAGUUAUGCGAGAAGACGUACAAUGCUAUUCACGGAUUGGAAGUCGCGGAGAAGCAAGACCCCGCAGAUGAACCAGUCGUGUUCCAGGCCAUGGAGGCCGGAAUCGAGAAGGAACGUCGAGUCAACGGGAAAGAGUCUCUGCUCUACUCCACUGCCAUACUCAAGAAGGACCUCUCAAUGGCAUCAGAGUUGUUUGACCAGCUUUUGGCGGGCCAAGAGACGGCCGGCAUCGCACUCACAUACUUGGCUUGGCAUUUGUCCAAAUCUCCAGAUUUGCAGCAGCAGUUGAGACAGGAACUUUUGACUUUGGAACCUCCCCUGACUAUGCCAGCCGAUGGAUCUCUGCCAGGCAAUCUUCCGGACCCGAAAUCUGUCGACGCACUGCCACUCCUGAAUGCGAUGGUCAUGGAGACUCUCCGUUUGAAUGCGCCGAUCCCAGGUCCCGAGCCACGACAGACGCCUCGACCGUCUUGCCAACUCGGAAAGUUCCAUGUCCCUGGAGGCGUCCGCGUCGCUGCUCUUGGCUACACCCUUCAUCGGAAUGAGAAGGUGUUCCCAGACCCUGAAGUUUGGAGCCACUGUCGCUGGCUUGAGUCGGAGACCAACGAAGAACAGCGUCGCGAGAUGAGUCGCUACUUUUGGGCUUUCGGCAGUGGAGGCAGGAUGUGCGUCGGGUCGAACUUUGCAAUGAAUGAGAUGAAACUUAUUGCAGCAGCCAUUUGGUCGAAUUUCACGACGUACAUCGUCGAUGACACAGAUAUCGAACAGGACGACACUUACACCGCACGUCCGAUAGCAGAGCGGCUGAUGCUGAGAUUCGAGCGCGUGUAG